CCUCCCUCUCCCGCUCCGCCGGGGCUGCCCGGGAUAAGAUGCCAGCCAGGCGGCAGCGCUCCCGGCUGGCGCUGCCCUCAAGCAAGAUGGCGGCCGGGAGCUUCAGCGAUUAAGCCGCUGAUGUCAGCGCGGGGACUCGGAGCCGCGGCGGGCGGGCUGGCGCGGGCCCUGGCGCGGCUGUCUCGGGUGGCUGCCGUGCCACACACAGUCCCGUGCCCGGAGGCCACACACGACUUGUCUUGAGGCGCGCUCCCGCCUCUGCGGUGCCGGGCCUGGAGAACGCGGAACUCCUCGGCCGCUUAGAGACCGGCUCAGCGCUGCCCCUAACAAAGAUGGCCGCCCUCCUCCUCCUGCUCCAUCGCUAGCCCGGCCGGUCCCGCAGCCGCUGGAUGCUCGGUGGCGCGGUCCUGCCGGCCCGGCCAGUGCUCCCUCCCGCCGUGCCAGCUUCAGGCGCUCCCGCCGUGGCAUGGCCGAGGCUGCCGGCUCCCCGCGCCGCCCCGCCGCGGGCAGGUGCGAGGGGAGCGGCGCGGGGGCGGCCCGAGCCCGCUGGCGGCUGCUCGGACAGGUUCUGAAGAAAAAGCACUUGAAAGAUGUGCAUCUCCAACAAGUAUCUGUAAGAAGGUUUGCAUCCUUCAAUCUCUUUUCAGUAGAGGACCAGAAUAUGGAAGAGGAAACUGGGACCUGGGUUCAAUAUAAAAGCAUCUUUUAUCCCGAGUAUAGUGUGUCCUUAAGAUUUCACAAUGGUCUCUUAAAUGUUAAAGAUGUUCUUACAAGUUUUGACAACACGGGGAAUGUCUGUCUCUGGCCAUCUGAAGAAGUGCUGGCUUACUACUGCCUAAAGCAUAAUGAAAUAUUCAGGGACCUUGCUGUGUGUGAGCUGGGGGGUGGCAUGACAUGCUUGGCUGGGCUCAUGGUUGCUAUUUCUGCAGAUGUCAAAGAAGUUCUGUUAACUGAUGGAAAUGAAAAGGCCAUCAAAAAUGUAAAUGAGAUCAUCACAAGAAACCAAAAUGCUGGAGUAUUUAAGGCUCAGAAAGUGUCAAGCCGCAUUUUACGAUGGGAUAAUGAGACAGAUGUCUCUCAACUGGAAGGACAUUUUGACAUUGUUAUGUGUGCUGACUGCCUGUUUCUGGACCGGUACAGAGCUAGCCUUGUUGAUGCAAUAAAGAGAUUACUCCAACCCAGUGGAAAAGCAAUGGUAUUUGCUCCACGCCGAGGGAAUACUUUAAACCAGUUUUGCAAUCUAGCUGAAAAAGCUGGUUUCUCUAUCCAAAGACAUGAAAAUUAUGAUGAACACAUUUCGAACUUCCACUCCAAGUUGAAAAAUGAAGAAAAAGAUACAUAUGAGGAAAACCUCCAUUACCCUUUUCUUCUCAUUUUAACCAAACACAGAUAGAAGAUGACACCUUUUUUUGUUUUAAGAUGGACUACUGAAAAUUAAUCCAUGUAUGUGAAUGGUCAGAGAGUUCAUUUUCCCCCACUUAUGUUCCUGACUCAUCAUUCUAACCUAAAUUCUGAGGAAGAUAUCGUGGCUUGUUUUACAGAGUGUAAACAUUGAGACAUCUUUUUUGUAUCAUUUUAGAACUUAUUUUUCCAGUUAUAUUCCAGCCUAAAACUGAUCAGACUUCACAUUUAUGCAUUAACAAAGGUGUAAAGCUCGCUUCCUUCUCUUUUGUGCCUUUAAACUUGCAUGUACUUUGUUAAUCUGUUUAAAUGCUAUUUUUGAGGUGUAUUUGAAAAUAUAUGAAAAAUAUACUUUGUGGGCUUAUAUAACUGCUUGUAAAGAAGUGAAUGCAUUGACAUUUAACUAGUAAGGAAAUAGUUGUCUAAAGAUCUUUUAAAAGUGCACCUAUUGAAUACUUGGAUUUUUCUGCUUUUUUUUAUUUCACUGUUGAUUUUUCUAUCCAUGAUUGGAAAGUCCUCAUUUGCUUCAGUGUUGAAGGCUUUUUUUCUGUAUGUGUGGAUGUAUGGCUUUUUCCAGCAGGACUUUUCUUCCUGUAGAUGUAUAAGAAAUUAUGCAUCAGACAAAAGCCUCAUAAACUGACCAUUUGUCCUUUGGACACAAUAGCCUGCCCAGCCCCUCUGCUCCUCCUCUCCAAUUAUGUGUGAUUAGUCUCAGUGUGUUGUGUCAAGAAGGGGGAGUGUGCUGAGUGCUUAUUAUCUGUUUAGGUACAAGAAGAGCACAUUUAGGUUCUGACUAUGAAUGGAAAGUGAGCCUUUAUCAGGACUAAAAUCUAAAUGCUACUAUCCUAGAAAUGGCUUUUAAAAAACCCCAUCUUUUUUUGAUAAUAUAACAGCCAAAGGAUUUUAUAGUGUAAGAAAACUAUCUCCCUUGAAUUAGUUUAUAUUGGGAUAUAUUGUGGCCCACAUUUUUGAUAAACAUUUAAUGUGAUUUGUCUUGUUCUUGGAAAGACAAAAAUCCUAUAAAGAAACAGGAGCAAUAUCUGAUUUUCUUAACAGUUUAACAGACCAUUUUAAUGACUUCUCAGAAACAGUCUCUUAAACCGCGACACUUUUAAAAUGUUGAAAAAAGAGAGAGGCAGAGGCCAUGACUUGGAGAGGAAGGUACUAGAUGCAAGCAAGUGUAGAGAAUCAUGCUGAAGUACAUUAAUUAAAAGAACUGCAAUGCGGGAAUAAGCAUUCUUCCAUAUUUAACAAAUUGGACAGUACAUAAACCACAAGCUUGUGAAAGUCCCUUUCUCUUCGUUCUUCUUCUCAAACAGAUUUCUUCACUACCGGUUUGCAUGUCCUUGUAUUCAGUACUUUUUAUGCUCCAUUAGAGCACCUAGAUGGAUCUCAGAAGGCAUAGGUCAAGUCGCAGUUAGAUCAUACAUUUCUUUCUCACAAAAACUUGAAUUGCAAUGCCAAGUGAUGGGCUAACAUCACAAUAACAGCAAUUUAUUCCUCUUUUGAUAAAAAGCAGCCUAUUCUCGGUGUUAGAUAAAGACCAGGGGCAAUGCAAACCAACCAUUUAUCCUAGAACUGAGUACUAUGUCCCUGCUAUAGCUGGUAUGAGUUUCAUAUUCAAACUCCUAUUGGAAAAUACUUGUCUAGUAAGAAAUCAAAAGCAUUUAGGAGUAAUUUGAAAUUGCUGUGAAGAUGGCUUUAGUUUAAUUAGUUUCAUUUUGUUUGUCCCACACAGCAGUGUCUUUGUUUCUCUAAAAACAUGUACAAGGACAUCUUCAUAAUCAACAAAGCAGUGUGAAAAAUAGCUCAAUAUUAAAAUUUGUGAACCUUUUAUUUUUGAGAGGGCUUGAAUGUCUGCUGUACAGUAAUCUAAUAAAGAUCGUUAGUUGCCAAAAAUAGAAGCAGCAUCAUUGAAAAUUGUGGUUUUAGCUCUAAGAAGAAAAGAGUUUUACUCAAAUUAGUAGCUGAUAAUUGCUUUUUAUUUCUUUAGUGUCUGUCUUUGAGUUGAAGGCUUUGCACAGGUGCUGCGAUCCCUAAAGUGUGUAAUUGAUGGCUUGUUUACCAAAGAUGCAUUUAGGCUUCAUCCUGCAAACUCAAGUUGGAGCUCCACAGGCAGUAAAGUUACUCAUCUACAUAAGUGCUUGCAGGUUUGGUCUGUGUGCACAUUUUUAGAGGUAUAUAAGCAAGUUCUUGAUUUUUCUGUUUUAACAUGGGUAUUGAAAAGUCACAGAUGUAGUAUUUACAUGAGGCACUAGAAGUGUUCUUUUUUUAGAGACAUCUCUCAGAGUCCCUUGUGUCAGUAGGGAUUUGAAUUGUUUCUGAGCUCUUAAAUUUUAAUAAAAAUACAGUGUUUAUUAAUACAUCAAA